CUCACAGAACAGGAAUAGGAAGUAUGAAGAGGACAGGAAAAAACAAAUCCACAUUUCAGCUCAACAAUUUGCAAACUGAAACCACGGGGGAUUAUGCUCUUUUCUCACACCGUUGCAGGUGCAACUCAUGACAACACACUGACUGUUUUUCUGGAGGAAGACAGUAUCUGAAGAAUGUCAAAAAAGAUGAGUGACUCGCUGGAGAGCACAACCCAUUUUUUGCCUUUUCCCGGAGACAAUAUCAAGCCAGAAGAGGAUAAAGAAGACUUGACUGAAGAGGAUGAGAAAUGCUGGAAAGAUGGAGGAUUACCUGUUGAGCUGCAGAGAGGGUUGGAGAGUCUGAGAGUGAACCAAGAUCUGACUGACAUAACACUUAAUGUAGAAGGACACGACUUCCCCUGCCAUCGAGCCAUACUUGCUGCUGCCAGUCACUACUUCAGGGCCAUGUUUUGCAGUGGUCUAAAGGAGAGUUAUGAGGAACACGUCCAAAUUAAAGGGGUGGACAGAGAGACCAUGAGCUUUCUUUUGGAGUAUACCUACACCAGCAGAAUCCAUCUGACACAUGCAAAUGUCCAGAGGAUAUUAGACGGUGCCUGUCAUUUUCAGUUUCUGCGUGUUGUGGACGCAUGCAUCGCAUUUCUGGGAAAAUCUCUGGACCUAGAUAACUGUAUUGGGAUCCUGAAUCUAGCUGAAAGUCACGCCUUGUCACCUCUGAAGACCCUAGCCGAAGACUACAUCACUUCUAACUUCAACCAAGUGGUCCAGCUACAAGACUUCCUGGAGCUGCCAGCAGGCUCCAUGGAGAUUGUCCUGCAGAGGGACAACCUUGAUAUGAAGAGUGAGGAGAGUGUUUUUGAAGCACUAAUGCUCUGGGUGAGAGCCCGUCAGGAUGAACGCUAUCCUCUACUGCCCAAGUUACUUGCACAUGUGAGGCUGCCAUUACUGGAUCCAGCCUACUUUGUUGAAAAAGUGGAGUCAGACGAAUUGAUAAGACACUGCAGUCAGGUCUUUCCGUUGAUGCAAGAGGUCCGCAGCUAUCACCUUUCAGGCAGGGAGGUUGUCUCUGAACGAACCAAGCCCCGUCUGCUGCACUUUCUGUCAGAGGUCUUCCUUAUAAUUGGAGGCUGCACCAAAGAUGAGCGCUUCAUUUCCACCGUCACCUGUUUGGAUCCCCUUAGACGCAGCAGGCUUGAGGUUGCCAGGCUUCCAUUCACAGAGAUGGAGAAUGAGUCCCAAAACAGAAAAUGGGUGGAGUUCGCCUGCAUUACUUAUCGCAAUGAGCUCUACAUAUCGGGUGGCAAAGAUACACAACAGGAUGUUUGGAAAUACAAUGGCGCUCUGGACAAGUGGAUCCAAAUUGAGCACCUUUUAACCCCACGAUGGAGGCACAAAAUGGUUGUUCAUGGGGGAAGGGUGUACGCACUGGGCGGGUUCGAUGGAACUCAAAGACUUGCAAGUGUAGAAGCCUAUGACCCGUUUCACAAUCGCUGGACACAGGUGACACCUCUCAGAGAAGGUGUCAGCUCGUUCGCUGCUGCAACUUUUGACAGAUGGAUCUAUGUGAUUGGCGGCGGGCCCAAUGGAAGGAUGGCAAGUGAUUUGGUUCAGUGCUGGGAACCUGGGACAGACAGCUGGGAACUGCGGGCCUCCAUUCCUAUUGAAACCAAAUGUACUUGUGCUGUUACAUUCAAGAACUCCAUCUAUAUAGUUGGUGGUGCAAUGCAUGCCAUGUACCGCUACUCCCCUCUUUCCGACUCUUGGACGCUCGUGACUCGUCUAGGUGAGAGGGCAAGCUGUGCCAUCGCUGCCUGUAACAACAAACUGUUCAUCACCGGAGGCCGAGACAACAACAACCAAGUGAUCUCUACAGUGAUGUGCUGGGAUGUUGAGCGAGAGCAGCUGACGGAGGAGUGUGUUUUACCUAUGGGGGUGUCACACCAUGGCAGUGUGACACUGAUGAAAUCUUACACACACAUACAAAAAAUAACACCUGAGGAGAGUCAGUGACAGAUGUCUGAUGACAUAAGGAGAAACUCUUAAUGUAAAUAAACAUUAGAAUAAUUAGAAUAAAGAAUGAUGAUACUGUGUUUAAAAGAUGCAUUCAUUUAAAAAUAUUUCUUCUUUUGGCUGGAAUCAUAUCCCACCCACUUUGAGUUACAGUAGCAGCUCUAAUUUUUUGUGUUGUAUUACUGCCACCUACUGGUCCUAUUUUCCACAGGUUAUGCCCAGAACCUUUCAAAUAUUUAUAUUUAAUAUUUUUUUGAAGUAAGGAAAGGUAAACAAUUUCAUAACAAAUAAAUACGACUACUCAAA